AUGGGACGUCCGAGUCCCGACGACGUCAGGAAGCUGCUGGUCAUCAUGGUCGAGGAUUGCCGAAAGCUCGCCACUUAUCUAGCCCGGGAGCAGCGGGCUCGCGCUCUUUCGGAAACCCGAACUGCGACGAUGACAGGAAAAGCUGAAAAAGGAUUGGUUAAUGUUUGCAAAUCCCUCAACGACAUUGACACGAUGGAUCUGGGACUGGGGAUGUGGUCCUCAGUCGUAAACAAGGACCUCCGAGAUCUGAAAGAUCAAGUUGGUGGCAUCAAAUCGCUUGGGAACGCGGUUGAAGCCAAUAAGAAGGUUCUCAGAUCAGUUCGAGACAAACUUGAUCAAGUCGCCUGCCAGAAGGGCAACGAUGUGGCCAGGUUCGAGAAGUUGGAAGAAAACAUCGCUGGAAUCAGAGGACUGUACGCUGAGCAAGGUAGGGUUCUUCGCGAACUUCGGGCUACAGUUGAAACUUUAGCUGGGGGCGCCGCGCCAGCUCAAUCAGAAGCUGUUGGUCCUCAAGAGCAACUGGAUGAUGCGACUCGUCCAAGUUAUUCCUGGGAUGAUGUGCCAAUCGAGUUGGCUGGUGAAUCAGGCGACCAACAAACCCAUAAUCCAGCGAAUGCUCCAGAGGAAGAGCCACCGAUCAUAGCAAGUCUGGAGUGCAACUCCCUGCUCCAGCCGUUCAACCCAAAUGGAUCGAUGACUUUUCAAGAAUGGCUGGAGAAAUUCGAGGAUUUCCGAGAUCAGCAAGCGACGCCCUGGACCAAUGAUGUAGCCGUCAAGAAGCUCCGAAUGUUUUUGAAUGGCGAGCCUCGGGAGAGGCUGAUCAAAAUUGCUCCAGCGACCGCGCCAGCUGAAGGUGGGAAUCAGUUUAAAAAUUUUGAAGAAAUUAAGAGGGAAUUGUUAGAAUCCUUCAAUAAGGAUGGAGGACAAGCAAUUGCGAGAGCCGAAUUGACUGUCUUGAGACAGCAACAUGACGAGUCAGUUAAUGCCUUUCUUCAGCGGCUCAAACGACUGGUUGCCCGACUUGACCCCGAUAUACCAGCUCCGAUUCGGGAGAAGAGAGUGUUCGAGGAAUUUAUGUCACGUGUCCGUGAUGACAUUGCUAACCCGCUUCGACUGGCCGUGCCUGAAAACCUCGAGCAAGCCCGAGCUAAGGCCUUGGCCAUCGAAUCCGUCAAUGCAUCCAGCCGACUGCUUUCGAGGGACUCUAUGGCGAAUGGCUUCGCCACUAUGGUGCAAGCUCUUGCUGGUGUCAAUGCCAAUGGUAAUAACAACAGCCCGAAAAAGGGCGCAUGUUUCUAUUGUGGGAUAGAAGGGCACUUUUCUAGAGAAUGCCGACAGAGGGCCCGAGAAGUUCAACAGGGUCAGGCCGCUUUUUACCGCCCCAGCGGCGGUCAGCAUCGAGCAGGUGGCUUUCGGAGGCCGCCGAACCGUGGACGAGCAUCGUCUUGGUGGAAUGAUGAAGAAGACCGAAGUCCCAGGGAGUCGGUGAACCUGUUGACGGUUCAAGAAGCUCCCGAGAAGGAAGAUCAGGUGGUGGAAAAGACCGAGAGGGAGAAGUCCCUUGAGUUGAUGAGACAAAAGCAUGCCAACCUUCUGAAGCUUCAUUCCUCCUCAUCGAUUCAAUCUCUACACCCGGUGAAUGCCCUUGCAUCGGUGAUGUUUUUGGUCACCUGUCUAACUGUGGUCUCUCCUUCAGUAGGAGCGAUCCAACCGAUGAUAUGUCAGCAUCAAUUUGGCAGAAGACUCGUUGGAUUGCCCGAGCCUCCAGAAUGCCCACAAGUCAAUGUCAAGCCAAAAGUUCGUCCGGCAACGCUUCUACUGGAUAUUUUUCGAGAGAAUGAGCAAGUAAGUGAAACGCCAGCUGAAGUAUGUCAAGUGGUUCGGAGCCAAAUUCGCUACUUCACGACGCUUUCAGGGGUUUAUGUGGAGCAGCCAGCCAAGCCCAUUAAGGAACUGGUCACGCCUGCGCAGUGUCGAGACAUCCUGAGAUCCAGGAGGUGUAUUCAUGGAUCUCUGACUCCACAGAAGGACGGCUGGGCCACGUCCAACGUCUUCAAGAAGGACAGACCCUGGCCUUUCUUCGGAAGUUUUGGUUGGAAGUCCCAAACACUCAGGAAUUGUAUCACUUUUGGGGCUCAUGUUCAGUACAACUCGAACUCGCACGUAUUGACGGCAACGGCCGGUGAUCUUCAAGCAUGCAACUACACUUCUGGAGAAUGCAACCUCCAAGAUGGAUCAGCCAUUCUCUGGAAGCCGAAUCCUGCCCUGGAUUGCCCUUUCAUCAAGGUUGGUACGUUCUUGGGUCGUUUGUUAGGAAAUGUUUGGCUCUCUGACAGCCGACAAUUUGCAUUAACUAUCAGCAAUGACUCUGUGCCGUUUAAGUCAUGCAACAAGACGCUGGUCAAGACUCCCCAAGGUUUCGCUAUCCCGCUGAGCGCAGCCCGCGCAAAAAGGGGAACUAAGGUGGUCGCUAGCAACACAUUGUCUGCCGAGCUACAAGGGCUGGAAGAAAGCAUGAUCCAGAUCAUUCAGCAUAAUUUCGAGAAUGUUAUGCACCACAUUUGCUUCGCCCACCAGAGCGCAGCCGCGCAAUGGAAACUUUUGGCCGAGACGAACCCUACAGCUGUAUUUCGUAAGUUAUUACGAGAUGAUUAUAUUCAUGCCACGAUGCUCACUGAAAGCAUAGCUGAGAUCUACCCUUGUAGACCGAUCGGAAAAGAGUCUAUUCGACCAAGACCCGGUCCAAAAACCGGAUGCACCCGCUAUAUUCCCAUAGACCUCACUGACCCCACCGACUCCUCGAAGUCGAAAGGGGCAUUUUUGGACCCGAUGACUGCCAUUAUCACUGAGAAGGCGGCUCAAAACCAGACGACGAGGGUUUCUUUGUUGAAACUCGAAGCCCAACCUUGUUGA